GUGGGAAAACCCAAAACCCAGGUUAUCACUGCCUGUCGGGAUGCCAUCAAGAACAACAACAUCAAUGCUCUUUUCAAGAACAUGAGAGCUGGGACUGCCUCGUCAUGAGGAAGAGCUGGUCCUAAAUGACCUUCAAGCACAAAAGUCUGGAAUAUCAGACCACAGAGACCCCAAAACUGGCUUGGAAAGUGCCCAGUAGCCUGGUGGAAAAUGAAAAGCUUGCAUGAGGGGAUAUAUUUGGAAUCCAGCCCUCACUGGCAGCAGUUUUGUGUUAGAUGAAUAACUGGGUUGGGCUGUCAGAACUGUAAAGUCUUCGACAAAUCGAUAGCCAAAGAGACGUGUGUGUGUGUGUCCACUGCUAUUAUAUCUGUAUACAAGCAAGAUCUUAAUUUAAAUUAUUAUAUAAAUGUAUCGGUUGUGUGCCUCGGUGCAGCUGUGUGUAAACUGUGUGUAACAUUGAAGCUGGUUUGUUUUCCAUAAUGGAGAAGAGAAAGGCUCGGUUAUAGGACACGAGUCUAAAGAAUUCAUAAUUCUGUCGUCGCUCCCGGCUCUCGAGUCUCAGUUGCUGCGCUGGCAUCUGGCGCGCGACGCAUCCAACAAUCUCCGAGCUGUCACGUGAUCAACAAAAGAGCUGUUCUUUGAAAAUGUGUAUUUUGGAAAGAAGUGCUGCGCUUGUAACUGCUGUGCAGUCCUUCGAACAUGGCUGGUAUGAAGAGAAUUUAUGUAUUUAGUAACGUAUCGCCUUUCGGAGAGCUGGAAAAGGUUUUCUGAAACACGCAGCUUUAAUGGUGGAAGCAGAUGUUUGGAUCUGGUUGCAGUGCUAUCUUGUCAUUGCUCUCCCGGUACGCCUUCAUCUGGUAUGCAGUCCUGGCUGUUCAUGGAGCAUAACUUUGGUCAAGUAAUAUCCUGUGUCUCCUGUUGUUUCAUGACAUCCAGGAUGACUGUGUUCCUACUAUGGCUGUGAGAAAAUCCAAAUACUUUAGGAGGAAUAUGAGACUUCUACAGAAUUUCAUGGGAAGAUAACAGUGAAACCUGUCACACCAUGAGAAGGGUCUAUUUAAAGGGAGCUGUACUUUGCUCCCUGAUUCUGCUGGUGCUUCUCUUUCUGCUGUUGUAUGCACAUCAAAGAAUAACGCCCGUAUGGGGGACUUUGCACAUUGAACAGGGGUCCACCAAAUCGAUAACCCUCCUCAGUGGAGCAGCAAUGGGACAGCAAAUAAAGCCAGUCCCUUCAAAAUCUCCAGACAUACCUCCAUGCAAACCUGAGGUUCAGAUCAAGCCUAAAGCACAAGGAUCAUCAAGGGUCAAAUCUCAGAAAGCACGUAGCAAAGCAAAGUCUAAAUUUCGCCAGCCCUCAACGACAGCAAGGCUGCUUCCAACACAUGUUUCCUUUGACUUUGACGAUUACCUUCGAAAGAAAGAUCAACGGGACUUCAAGCUGCUAAUCGAUCAACCAACAAAGUGUUCUGGACCGGAAGGAGCCCCUUACAUGCUGAUCGCCAUAAAAUCAGUAGCAACAGACUUUGACAAACGUCAGGUUGUUCGAAGGACAUGGGGACGAGAAGGUGUGUUCCAGAAAAAUAUGAACGUCAAGAGAGUAUUUCUUCUCGGUGUGCCCCAAAAUCAAACAGCGCUCCCAUUAUGGGACAAACUGUUGGGAUAUGAGAGUCACGCUUUUAGUGACAUACUCCUGUGGGACUUUGAAGACACCUUCUUCAACUUGACACUAAAAGAAAUCCACUUCCUACAGUGGAUCAAUGUCAGCUGUCCCAAAGUAAAGUUUAUUUUUAAGGGUGAUGCAGAUGUGUAUGUGAACAUUGACAAUAUCCUGGAGAUGCUUGAGGGUCAAGAGACCAGUAAGGAUCUUUUUGUUGGUGACAUCAUUGUCCAUGCCAAACCAAUUCGCAGGCGCAACAGUAAGUACUAUGUGCCAGAGUUUAUUUACGGCCAGGGGAUCUACCCGUCCUAUGCGGGUGGAGGCGGCUUUGUCAUGUCGGGACAUACCGCAUUGAAGCUCCACCUCGCCUGCCAAGAGGUGGAACUCUUCCCCAUUGAUGAUGUCUUUCUAGGCAUGUGUUUGCUGAGGAUUGGCCUUCAGCCGACUCGUCACGAGGGCUUCCGCACCUUUGGAAUCGUGCGACCGUCUGCUGCACCCCACCUCCAGGUCUUCAACCCCUGCUUCUACAGAGAGCUGAUGGUGGUGCACAGCUUGACGGUCCCACAGAUCUGGCUCAUGUGGAACCUUCUGCAUGACCCUAACAUUCAGUGUCACAGCAGUCAGGAUCCCACGGUUUUUCCCUUUCAGUGGAGCGACAAGAUCGGCAAGACGGCUAAGAACAAGGCAAAGGAGAAGCUUGGGAAUGACUAUGGGAUGAAAGUGUUUGUGGAACAUUAACUCCUAGAAAAUGAAUGUACUUUGAAAUUACUUUAAAACAGACAGGAAAGGCAAGGAAAAACUAAAGCAAUAAUUCACCAUCAUGUCAAUCAACUCCACAUGACAUGCAGAAGAAAAUUGGAUAUCAUUUUAAUUUAGUUAAAUCAUGGCUGCGAUUCAACUAAAA